AAGAAAACUUGAGAAAAAAAUGGUGGUGGCAGAGUUUAGUUCUGGUGCUUUUGGCUCCAAGGAAAUGAGAAGCUUUGGUUUGCAAGUACUCCAUGGACGAUGGUUCAUGCUGUUUGCUUCCAUGCUAAUCCUCUCUGUGGCUGGAGCAACUUACAUAUUUGGUCUCUACUCCAAUGUCAUAAAAACCUCACUAGGUUAUGACCAAACGACACUCAAUCUCCUAAGCUUCUUCAAGGACUUGGGAGGCAAUGUUGGAAUCAUAGCCGGUCUAGUUAACGAAGUCACAGGUCCAUGGGUGGUGCUCUUAAUCGGUUCAGUCAUGAACUUCUUCGGAUACUUCAUGAUCUGGUUAGCUGUCACAGGUCGAACCUCGAAACCACGCGUGUGGCAGAUGUGUUUGUACAUUUGCGUAGGUGCAAAUUCUCAGACGUUCUCAAACACAGGAGCUGUAGUGAGCUGUGUGAAGAACUUUCCUUCUAGUAGAGGAAGUGUUUUGGGGCUUUUGAAGGGACUUGUUGGUUUGAGUGGUGCUAUCAUCACACAGCUCUACAAUGCUUUCUAUGGUAAAGAUUCUAAGGCUUUGAUUUUACUGAUUGCUUGGCUUCCAGCUGCUGUUUCCAUUGUGUUUCUUCCGAUCGUUCGUUUGAUCAAGACCGUCAGACAGCCGAAUGAGCUCAGGAUUUUCUACAAUCUUCUCUACGUUACUCUUGGCCUAGCUGGGUUCCUCAUGGCUUUGAUUAUCAUGCAGCACAAUCUGAAGUUUUCUAGAAUGUGUUACAUCGGAAGUGCUUCAGUCGUGCUUAUGCUCCUCUUUCUUCCAAUCGUGGUUGUUAUAAUCGAAGAGUUCAAGCUCUGGAAGACAAAAAUCAAAGCAGUGAAUGAGCCAAUUCAGCUCAAAGUAGUAGCUGAAAAUCCAGCUCCUGCUGAAUUAGUACCUGUUGCAACUCCACAAACCCAGCAGAAGCAUAAUUCUUGCUUCCAAACUGUCUUCAAGCCGCCCGUUAGAGGUGAGGAUUAUACAAUCUUGCAAGCACUUUUUAGCAUUGACAUGUUGAUCUUGUUCAUUGCUACAAUCUGUGGUGUUGGAGGCACUUUAACCGCGAUCGAUAAUCUCGGUCAGAUUGGAAACUCAUUAGGCUACCCAACUGAUAGCAUUAGCACCUUCAUAUCUCUGGUUAGCAUAUGGAACUACCUUGGAAGAGUCACUUCUGGCUUUUCUUCAGAAGUCCUUUUGAAGAAGUACAAAUUCCCAAGACCACUUAUGCUCACUCUAGUGCUUCUCUUAGCAUGUGUUGGCCAUCUCCUAAUCGCGUUCGGUGUCCCCAACUCUCUCUACUUUUCUUCUGUGAUUAUUGGGUUCUGUUUUGGAGCUCAAUGGCCAUUGAUAUUCGCCAUCAUUUCCGAACUCUUUGGCCUCAAGUACUAUGCCACUUUGAUCAAUUUUGGUGGUGCUGCUAGUCCUCUGGGGGCUUACAUCCUCAAUGUGAAAGUGGCUGGGAACCUGUAUGAUGCAGCGGCUUUGAAGCAACUAAAGGCUUUAGGGAAGACUAGAGAAGCAGGAAUGGACCUGACAUGUCAAGGAGUGGAGUGUUACAGAUUGGCUUUCAUUAUAAUUGCUGCAGUGGCAUUGUUUGGGAGCCUUGUUUCAUUUAUUUUGGUUAUCAGAACAAGAAAAUUCUACCAAAGUGAUAUUUACAAGAAGUACAGUGAGGAAGCUGAGGCAGCCGAAGAGGAUUUCACUAUAGGUACUGUUGCUGCCGAUACUUCAAGCUCAUCUAAAGCAGCACAAGGACCAGAGGCAGACUCGGAUUCAAAAAAAUAGGUCAGGGGAAAACAAAUAAGACAGCUAGGUUCCCUUUGUUACCCUAAUUGUUUAGAAUGCA